GACGGUCCAGGCACGCUCGGUACGGUGGGCCAUUGCUCAGGGAGGAAACGGUGCCUGGGAAAUCCCUCGCCGGGGCCCUGGCCGCCCAAACGGCGGGAUUCCCACUCGGGGAGAUAGAAAGAUCGAGGAUUUUACAUUUCUGAAUUGCUGGACUGCCACACAACCUGCAAACAUGUCAUUGGCAGAUAUACAGAUGAAUUCUGCAGACCUUCUGGAAAAAGAACAACUGGACGCCGGUGGAUUUGGAAUGGUUUCCUUAUGCUACCACAAGAGAUAUGGGCUCGUGGUGUUAAAAACAGUGUACACGGGGCCUAAGCGCACAGAAUGUAACACUUCCCUUCUCGAAGAAGGCAAAAUUAUGCAAAAACUAAAUCAUAACCGUGUGGUGAAACUACUGGGUGUUAUUUUGGAAGAUGGUAACUACUCCCUCGUCAUGGAAUAUGUGCACAAAGGGCACCUGAUGAGAGUCCUAAAGGCAACCGAAAUUCCCUUGAAUGUGAAAGGGCAGUUCAUCUUGGAGAUCAUUGAAGGAAUGCUUUACUUAAGUGAGCAAGGCUUAGUGCACAAAGACCUAAAACCAGAAAAUAUCCUUGUAGACGAGGACUUUCACAUCAAGAUAGCAGACCUUGGUGUGGCCUGUUUCAAAAGCUGGAGCCGGCUGACUAAAGAAGAGACCAGCCGACAGAGGAAACUCAAGUGCAACACCAAAAGCAAUGCAGGCACACUUUUCUACAUGGCUCCUGAGCACUUGGAAUGCAUUAAUAUCCCACCUGUGGAAAAAUCAGACGUUUACAGCUUUGGCAUAGUAUUAUGGGCUAUUUUUGCUAACAAAGAACCAUAUGAAAAUGCCACAAAUGACCAGCACGUAUACUUCUGUGUCAUGAAAGGGAACAGGCCACUGAUAGCUGAAAUUGAGGAAAGUUGUCCAGAGGAGAUAAUUUCUUUAAUGGAACGUUGCUGGAGUCAAAAGCCAGAGGAUCGGCCAACCUUUGCAGAAAUCAAUAUGACAUACAAGCCAUUUUACCAGGAGCACUAUCAGAAAUACGUAGAGGAUGAUGUGCAGAAGAUAAAAAAAGUGUACCCUGAACCAACUGAACUUGUCAAAAGGAUGCAGUCCCUCCAAGUAGAUGCUGUGGCAGAACCACCAAGUAGCACCCGAAUAGAUUUGCCCAGGUCUCUACACAGUUCUCAGGAUCUUGCAGCCAACACCGUGGAUGAAGCCUUGUUUGCGGCUUGUCAGGAAAACGAGCCCGUGGAGAGUGGCGAAACCUCCUUUGAGCCCCAUUCUGUGAACCUGGGCAGAAAACUGCAGGAGGAACUGAACUACCACGUGUAUGGCAGCAGGAUGGACAAAGCAGAAAGCCCCUCUGUGGCGUACAGUGCAGAAAUGCAAGAGGAAGAGAGGAAAAGGAGGGUUUCUCAUGACCCGUUUGUAAAGGCACCUGCUACCCCACGGGCACGAGAGACACACUCAAGAGCUGAAAACCCCAUCAGUCGUAAUUUGAUUAACAACACUCCGGCCCAUUACAAUCACCUAAGGCUACAGUCACCAGGUGGAGCACUAUCAGAAAGGCAGAACAUACCAUACAGUCCAAAUAAUUCACAUGGGAUGAGGCCUGUGAAUCUGAGAACAUCCAUGGAUGCAGAGGAUAUGUAUCAAUCACAUUCGGCUAAUACUGUUAAUUUCAGUAAGCCACCUGUGCCCGAAUCUGGUGCAAAUCAUCAACCAAAGCCCCCAAAGCCACAUCAUGUCCCCCAAAGCCGAAACACAGAAACUGAAGAGUUGGCACAGUACAACAUAGUUAACAGCUGUGGAAUUCAAAUAGGGGCCUACAACUAUAUGGCAAUAAAUGAUCAGAAUUUCAAAAUAUGCAGUUAUCCAGCAAAUACUUCCUGUGGUAGUGCAGAUUACCAGAAACUGUUUGAUAGUACUGUAGCCAUCUCUGAUGUACACCUGAACCUUGUGAGAGACAACUUGGCCAAACAGUGGAAACACUGUGCCCGUAAACUGGGCUUCAGUGACCCCGAGCUGGAUGAAAUUGACCAUGACUAUGAACGGGAUGGACUCAAAGAAAAAGUUUACCAGAUGUUCCAGAGGUGGCAGAUGAAGGAAGGCAGCAAAGGGACAACUGUGGGAAAGCUGGCAAGAGCUCUCUUUGCUUGCAAGAGAAACGACCUCCUUAACAGCCUUGUAAAAAUAAGUCAGGAGUCUCAAGGAACACCCGGAGGCUGCUAACUUGAAAGACAUUUUCUACAGGAAACAUGUUUUGCUUUACAGUAUUUUGAUAGCCCAUUAUAAAUACAUCAGUGCUGCCAGAAUAAGACUUUUAGUACAAGCAGAAAAAGGAAGAUGGAUUUUUCUAUUUUAAUAGCUGUCACAUCUCGCUGAACAAUGCCAAGAAAUGUAAAGGACCCAAAUGGGUGUUUUUGGAAUAAACUGCCAGAUUGUGAAUGUAUUUGUAUAUUUUUAAUUGGAAAAGAACCCCACAAAUGGAUGUAAAGUCUGCUCUGAUCUGGUGGUUAUCAGCGACCAUUUCUCAGACCUAAAAAAAUGUGUGCGUGUAUCAUUCUUAGAAGAAUCGUCUUCUUUCCAACACAUAAAAUAAUUUGCAUGUUAUAAAGAGAAAUAAAAGAUGA